AUGGGUUACAAAAACAGAGCAGAAGCUGAAACAGAGGCAUGCUUAAACGAGGCUUUAUUGUUUGCUACUAUGUGUAUAAUUGGACUCCCGGUUGAUGUGCAUAUUAGAGAUGGUUCUGUCUACUCCGGAACCUUUCACACUGCUUCUUUUGACAAGGAAAACGGUAUUGUUUUGAAGUCAGCAAGAUUGACUAAGAAGGGAAAAUCCGGUGCAAAUGUAGCCAAUGGGAGUGUGAUAGAGACACUUGUAAUUCUUUCAGUUGAUAUUGUUCAAGUUGUUGCUAAGGGAGUUUUAUUUCCAGCUGAUGGUGUCACUGGAAAUAUAUCUGGUGACAAUGUAGAAGCUGCUGUAACCCAUGCUCCAUCUUCUGAGAUUGUACCAAGUGAGGCAAAGAAAUCUAACAAGUUCACUGUGGAUAAAAAGAAAUCGAAUCAAAACUGGUAUUGUCUUGUUUUGGAUUUGGGUUGUAAGUAUUGGGGUUCAGCCAAGAACAAGAAUGGUUCUUCUCAUGGUCUUAUGCUGACAAAAGUGGGGAAGGAUCAUGAAGGGAGAAAAACGCUACCAAAUGACAUAGGAAAUGCCAUGGAAUUUGAACAUGGGAAAAGAGAUGGUAUAAAUGUCUCAAAGGGAAAGAUUCUCAGUAGGCAGCUUGCUGACGCACUUAUUGCUGACCUCUUCUGCAAAGUCAAGGUUAAUGUUCCUGAUUUUGAGGGAAAGGUAGAUCCUGGACUAUUAAAUGAUUGGAUUAGGUCUAUGGAAAUAUUCUUUAAUUGGUAUAAUGUCGGAUGGAAGAAAAGUAAGAAAUUUGAAGAGCUGAGGAUCAGAGGUCAAAUUGUGGAAGGUUCUGACCAAGGCGUUGCUGGAUUCAUGGCUGGUUUGAGGUUAUGUAAAGAGGGAAUUGCUUGGGAAGGAUCUUUAGAGUGUAGAGCAUGCAUGUCUAAUAGCAAUCGAUGUGGAAGAGUACUUAAAAGAGAAGCUUCUUCUGGUGACUCAGUUAAUGGAAGGGUUGCAAACUGGCAGACUAGAGAAGACUGGUUACAGGGGGAGCAGGAUCAUUAUAAACGAAAGUUUGAGUUUCAAAGGGAAAAGAGUGUUGAUGAAUUUCAUAGCCCAGAAGCAAUCACAGGACCUCGCCUCAGUGAAGCAAAACCUGUUGCAGAAGGGCAAGUAACAGUGAAGCUGUUUCCUAAUGAUGUAUCUAGUAAUACUGCUGGCGAGCUUAUGAAGCCAGACAAUCAAUACUGUGGAAGGCCUGCUUCUGUGGGAACCACUUCUCCUAGUGCUGUUUGUGCAAGUGUUUCUACCACUUCUAAUCCAAUGGUUGAUGUUCCAUCAGAAUCACACUGUAGUUCACUAGCUAACUCUACUCAUGUGGUCUCUCCACAAAUUUCAGAAUCCAAUAGAACCUCCAAGGCAUUCAAGCUCAAUCCAGGAGCAAAAGUUUUUUCUCCAUCCUUCUCCAAUCCUAUAUCAGCUACUGCUCCAGCAGUGCCAAUAGUUGCAAGCAUGGCUUACAUGCCAAGCAACUCUCCAGCAGUACCUGUUGCUGCUGUCCAGCCUGAAGCUGGGAUCGCUUUUGCACCUCGAUCAUCUGUCCCUUCCAAGUUCCCCCCUACAAUAACUUGA